GGGGCAAUUAAGGCCACUGGAUAAGAACACAUAUCUUCUUACUCUCAUCCUGGACACCCCUUGGAUUUUCUAUCAAUUUGUAAUACGAUCGUUCAAUAUGCAGUUUUUUAGGUGUGUCGUAGGGAUCGACAGAAACGUUUUAAGAAAUACGCUAAGCUCUGUUAACUUACAUCUAAUCCGUAUUUCAUCGUUUUCUAAGACGACACAAGCUUUUUACGAUCGUGGACCAAGGAACAAGAUUAAAUCAACAACAAUGACAAAAUUAGAAUAUCCAGUUGCUCGUCGCGACGAAUCUAUUGUUGAAAAAUAUCAUGGUGUUGAGAUAUGCGAUCCAUACAGAUGGUUAGAAGAUCCAAAUUCAGAAGAAACAGAAUCUUUUAUCGAAGCGCAAAAUGCAUUGACCAAACCAUAUUUAGCUUCGUGUAAAUGGCGUCAGGAUAUUCACGAUAGAUUAAAACAAUUAUGGAAUUUUCCUAAAUAUAUGUGUCCUGCCAAACAUGGAAAUAAAUAUUACUUUUAUAAGAAUACCGGUUUGCAAAAUCAAAGCGUAUUAUAUGUACAAGAUACCUUGGAUAGCGAACCUAGAAUAUUUCUCGAUCCAAAUACUCUUUCUGAGGAUGGCACUGUUGCAAUAUCAUCUAGCAAAUUUAGCGAGGAUGGUAGUAUUUUUGCAUAUGGAUUAUCCAGUAGCGGUUCAGAUUGGAAUACAAUACAUUUUAUCAAUGCAGAUACCGGUGAAAAAUAUCCUGAAGUAUUGGAGAGAGUAAAGUUUUCACCUUUGACUUGGACUCAUGAUAAUGUGGGUGUCUUUUAUGGACAAUAUCGUGAUCAAAAAGGAAAAGUUGAUGGAUUAGAAACACAAGAUGAUCAGAAUCAGAAAUUGUGCUAUCAUCGUGUAGGUACACCACAAUCAGAGGAUGUGGUUGUAGUAGAAUUCCCAGAAGAACCAUUGUGGAGGAUAGGAGCACAAGUUUCUGAUUGCGGAAAAUGGUUAAUUGUUACACCAGUAAAAGAUUGUCGUGAUAAUCUAGUGUACUUCACAGAAUUAAAACUUGACUCUAAAAUAGAUGGUUUGUUGCCACUUACGCAAGUUGUUGAUAAACUCGAAGCCGAUUAUGAAUACGUGACGAAUGUUGGUACCAAAGCUAUAUUUCGUACAAACAAAAAUGCACCAAACUUCAAGUUAAUAGCAAUAGAUUUGGUAGAUUAUAAAGAAGAUAAAUGGACUGAAUUGUUACCUGAACAUCCUGAUAACGUUUUAGACUGGGCUACCGCAGUCGAUGGCGAUAAGUUUGUUGCCUGUUACAUACAAGAUGUUAAAAAUAUUUUACAAUUGCAUAGUUUAACAACUGGAAAAAUCCUUAGAACGUUUCCAUUAGACGUUGGUACGAUCAUUGGUUUUUCUGGUAAUAAAAAAUAUUCCGAAAUAUUUUAUCAAUUCACAUCCUUUUUAACGCCUGGUGUCAUAUACAUGACUGAUCUUAAAAAUGACGACGAACCAAAAGUAUAUCGCGAAAUCAAAGUGAAAAAUUUCGAUCCGUGUUUGUAUAAAACGUCACAGGUAUUUUAUACUAGUAAAGAUGGUACUCAAAUUCCCAUGUUUAUCGUUAUGAAAAGUGACGCAGUUUUGGACAAUUCUAUGCCAGCUUUACUUUAUGGAUAUGGUGGUUUCAAUGUUAGUGUCCAACCGGUAUUUAGCGUAACAAGGCUUGUCUUUGUCCAACAUUUAAAUGGUGUUCUUGCUAUUCCAAAUAUUCGCGGUGGAGGAGAAUAUGGAGAAAAAUGGCACAACGGUGGUCGACUAUUUAAUAAGCAAAAUGUAUUCGAUGAUUUUCAAUGUGCAGCAGAGUAUCUUAUAGACAAUGGCUAUACUACAUCUAGUAAAUUAACUAUCCAAGGAGGAAGUAAUGGUGGAUUAUUGGUAGCUGCUUGUAUAAAUCAACGACCGAAUUUAUUUGGUGCUGCUAUCGCACAAGUCGGUGUGAUGGAUAUGUUACGCUUUCAUAAAUUUACAAUUGGUUCUGCUUGGGUCUCCGAUUAUGGAAGUUCAGAAGAUCCGAAACAUUUUGAAAAUUUAAUUAAAUAUUCACCGUUACACAAUAUUAAGAUACCAGAAGAUGGUUCUCAAUAUCCAGCUACGUUGCUUUUAACAGCCGAUCACGAUGAUCGUGUUGUACCGUUACAUAGUCUUAAGCUGAUAGCCACGUUACAAUAUACGCUUGGAAAUCUACCAAAUCAAACAAAUCCAUUAGUUGCAAGAAUAGACACGAAGGCUGGCCAUGGCGGUGGGAAACCAACCACUAAAGUUAUCGAGGAGAACACAGACAUAUUAUCGUUCAUCGUCCAAGCUUUGAAUUUAACAUUCAAGCUAUAACGUAUGUAAAUGUUAUUAUAUACUACUGUUUGUACAUCUUCUAAAAUUAUUACGGGGGGUGGUUUCAGGUAUUAUUAUUUGUGAUAUAUAAUAAUAUAUUCGUCGUCGGAAAAAACAUUUUAUUUGCGUAAAUUUUUAUGAAAGAUAAAUGCAUACGCGUGGUCUUACAUACUUUUUCUUCUUUUUCUAUUUUUCUAUUUUUGUUUCUUUUCUUUUCUUUUUUUUUUUUUUCUCUCGUUUUAUUUUCUUUUCUUUUUAAUAAAUUAUUAUAAAAGAAAUUAUAUCUCACGCACACGCACUUAUAUCGUAUAGUCAAAAUUCGAAGAAAAAUAAUCACUAUAUAUAUAUAUAUAUAUAUAAGACUAUAUAUAUAAAUAUAUUCUUAUGUAUACAUGUAUAAUGAAAUUUUUCUUCGUCGUGGCUAAGUCGUAAUUAAUGCAUACAAUGCAAUUUAUGAAUAAUAAUAAUAAUACUACAACUUGUUGCCCGUUUUUAUUUUAGGAAUGUAUUGUUCGCGUUUUAAUCAUCGUCGUGUAACGUGUCAUUCUUAAUAUAUAUAUAUAUAUUUACAUUUAUAUAUAUAUCUACAUAUGUAUCGUGUAUAUAUAUAUAUAUAUUUAUAUUUAUAUAUAUAUAUAUAUGCAUACAUGUGUACAUAUAUAUAGACAUGUAAUAAUAUAUAUAUAUAUAUAUAAAAAUAAAAAAAGAAGAAAAUGGAAAAGACAAAUAACUUACAAUGGCACAUCUUGAACGAUCGCCCCGAAUAAUUAUUAAAAAUGUUUGCAUCGACGAUUCUCUUCGAUGAUGUCCAAAAUAAUUGCUUCAUGUUUUAAUGGGAAAGUAAAUCCAUACCAAUGGUAAAUAGAGCAGUGUAAUAUUGGCAAAAUAGUUUGCUGAUAUAUUGUUCCUCUUUUACUGGCCAAAAACCUUCGAGAAAUCCAAUAUGACCACCGCGCGAAGUUACCACGAUGGCGACAUUUUCAGUUUUGCUAAAUUCAUUUAGUGGUAUUGCUACAAAUUAAGAUAAUCUAAUCAUUAUGUUUUGAAAAUUAUUUUGUUAAUUAUUUAGAUGAAUAGUUACGUAUUUCUUUUUUUAUAUUUUUUUUUAUCAUUUCUUUCUUUUUUCCUCCUUAUUUUUUUUUUUUUUUUUUUUUUUUUUUUUUUUAACUAUGUCAGUGUUUUCACUUACCUUCGAAAGGUUGAAAAGGAUCGUCUGCCGCAUUAAGGCACAAAACCGGUACCUCCAUUAAAUGCAAUUUAUCAUGUAACGUUGCUUUUUGAUAAUACUCUUCGACAUCUUUGAAACCGAAUUGUUUGGUCGUAAAAUUCGAGUCGAAUUCUCUUACGGUUUGACUCUGAAAUUAUUGAAUAUAUUGUAAAUACGAAAAUGCAAAUAAGAUAAUGCACAAGGGUCAUUUAUUUUUUCUUUCUUUUCUUUUCUUUUCUUCUUCUUUUUUUUUUCUUUUUUCUUUUUUCUCUCUUUUAAACUCUUAAUAUUACGUUUGCAAUCGCGUUUGUUAUCAUCGUCAUCAUCGUCAUCAUCGUCAUCAACGUCAUCAUUAAUCAUCAAUCAUCAAUCAUCAAUCAUAAUCAUUAUUAUUAUAAUAUUAUUAUUAUAUACUUACACGUAAAACGUCAUUCAUAUCUACAUUUUCUAAGCCGGUCUCCAAAGAGGAGUAAUAUUUUUUAACCGUACGACACAGAUUACUGGCUAGAUGUUUAUUCAGCAUCAAAUUUAUAUAAUUAUCUUCGAUGCUUUUUGUUGCGGCAAAUACGUUCCAAGGCACUGAGAUGAUAAAGCAUCCCUUUAAUUUAUCUUUAGCAGCUUCACCGUUUUGUGCUAAAUAAUUACCUAAUAUCAAUCUGAAAUAUAAUUUAAUAUGUAUAGAUAUGUAUAUAUGUAUGUAUGUAUGUAAGUAUGUAUAUAUAUAUAUAUAUAUAUAUAUAUAUAUAUAUAUGUACUAGAAUAAUCAUGCAAAUUCCUAUUAAUGAAGAUAAGAUAGAAUUAAUUGUCAGGUGAAUUUUUUAAUUGGUACAAGAAAAGAAAAGAAAAAAGAAAA